UGAUAAUUCUUUGAGCUUCUCUCACCAUAUCUUGAGCCACAAAGUCUGUAUUGGUUUUUGCUUUGGCCUGCAGCAACGCUAGCCCGCUGGUUCCCGGACCUCGUUCCCAAGAAAGUAUCAGUCUUCUGUUUUAUAUAUACCAUCUACUUGCCGUCUUCUUUUUGGACUGCCCUAUAAGGUUUCCUCUCACCUGCUCUCCUUCCGCUUUGCCGUGUAACCAGCACAGCUCUUCCACCUGUUCUGGUAUGCAUACCCGCAGCCAUGAACCAGGAAGAUUCUUCUUUUACUUCCCCGUCGGAUCCUCAACUAUCGAAUGCAGCUCUCCAGAUUGGUAGUACCGCUGGAGAAGCAAGUCCAUCGCGAGCAAUUGGACAACCAAGAAAACGAGCACCACUAGCGAGUGUUGCUUGUCAAGAUUGUAGAAGACGGAAGACAAAGGUCUGUUAUUCCACGAUUGUGAGACGCCAUAUUGUAUGAUCUCUUGCCUGACUCGAUGCGACAGUGCGACGGCAAGAAGCCUGCUUGCAGCAAUUGUGCUAAGCGAAAUGUGCAAAAUUGCACCUAUGACCUUGAACCCAAUCAGUCCAGAGUCGCUGCUUAUAAGCAGAAGAUUGAACAGCAAAUGUCGACCAUCAGGACAUUAGAAGAUGAAAUCUCUAGGCUCAAGUAUUCUCCUAUGCGGCCUGAAGGUAUGGGCCGACUGCCCGUGGCCCACACAUUGCAGUCUUCGACCUCCCCGGGUGGAGUCCCAAUGCGAGAUCUUUUGAAUCCAGCACCGGAACCAAACCCGUCAUCCUUUGGUUACGGCUCAAACGGCCCAGGUGCUGCUCCUAAUCCAGCUCCGCCCCCACGGGAUCAAAUGUCUAGAAUGCGAGAUAUUCAGCACAAUCUUGAGAUCGAGAACCGCUCGCUGAAAGAGCUGAUCUUACUGCUCAACUCGGUUGUCGAUCGGGAGAUUGCACAGCAGAUGGCCCAAGAGAUCAAUAUCCACGGUGCAUCCGACGAUGUGCUAUCAAGGGCGCAGCAUCUGGUCGCUAUGCAAGUACGGAGACCUCUACUCACAAACUUGCAACACGAAGCUAAAGGAAAAUCUCAGCGACCUCCUGGACGUUCUGCGGAGAAGUCAUGGCCAUGAAGACCGCGCUAUUGGACACUGGUAGAUUGAUCAUCGGGAGGAGCUUCAGCUAGGUACACUGACGCCAAAGUCAAGCAAGGAUUCAACCUCAAUCGUGCAUGCAUGACCUAUCUUUUUCGAAGCCUGUCCGACGAGACGUUUUUCCAGGCAUAUCUCCAUGUGACGCGAACUCCAGCACGAUCGCGGUGGGACAGGCAGAAGGGCGUCAGGAGACUGGAAGAUCUCGGAGUUGUCACAUGAAUGCAAAUUUUGAUCAGACAAGUCAUGGCGAUUUC